UUAGCCACCCAAGAUCUAGCUGAGGGAAAACUGUUAGUUUUAUCUAUUGGUCUAAAUUCAACAUCUCGUCAUCGAAUGGCCGCCGGCGACUGCUCGGAAUUGGGUCGACAAGCUUACUUAAUCGGGGAAGAUGAAACUGCAAUGGGUUGGAUGCAAGAGUCUCUUGUGAGAUACAAACAAGAAGCCGAUAAUGAGAAAUCGGUUGGCAUUGAAGACAUCCUGAAGUAUUAUGCAUUUUCUUCUCUCAAUCAAGGGCAUAAUGCCACGGCUUCACAAUUAACUCGACAAUUGAUCCAGUUACUUCCUGGUGGCCAGUCAGAACUCCAGACUAUUUUUAAAUUGGAAUCUGAAUUACGCGCUUCUACAAUUGCAAAUACGGGGCACGCUUUCCAUGACCGAGAUUACAAGGCUCUUUGCAGAGGAGAGACCGUCAUGAAACCGAUACCCGAUUCACCUUUACACUGCAGUUACUCCGGCGCAAAGGAACUGUCGGCAUUCAUGGCACUGCAACCCAUAAAACGAGAACAGAUUUCGUUGAAUCCUCCUGUAACCGUGUUUUACGACGUCAUUUCAGAUGACGAGAUUGAUAUCCUCAAAUCCAUAGCUAAACCAAAAUUGCAAGCUGGUUUAAAUGUGAAUUCGGUUACUGGUGAGAUGAGCCUAAGUCAACGGUGUGUACUUUUGAACGUUACAAUUCGCGAUGAAGAUCAUAAAAUUGUGAAGAAGCUAUCUCGUCGAAUGGAGAACAUAUCUGGGCUCAAACUGACCCGUGGCUCAUUUAACAUUUAUCAAUACGGAGUUGGAGGUCAUUUUAUUCCUCACUGGGACUACAAUUCCAUGAUUAACGAGACUUUGCUAAAUGUCCAUAGGGAUAAUCAAGUAGCAAGUUGGAUUUUUUAUCUGAGUGAAGUAGAAGUCGGUGGAGCUACCGUCUUUACUGAAAUUAAGACGGCCAUUCAGCCAGUCAAAGGAUCAGCCGCUUUUUGGUACAAUAUAUUACCGAAUGGACAAGGAGAUCCUCAAACGAGGCAUUCCAGCUGCCCCGUCCUAGUCGGAUCUAAAUUGAUUCUUGGUAAAGGAUUUGGUUAUAAAGCACAAAUGUUCCGCCGUCCUUGCCGUUUGAACUUUGAUGCCAAAGUGUAAACUCUGACGAAGAAAUUCCGCUUGAAGUUCAGCAACAAUGCUUGGAUGAAAGAAAAGAACUAAACAAUAAGUUUUAUAAAAACUAACCAACUUAUUGAGGUGUUCUUGUAUUACAUGUUAAUUUGAAUGCA